AUGACAAGUUCAGAGCAGCCAAAAAAUGAAAAUUGGUUCAAUUGCUGUGGCCUUAAGCCAAUUAAUGUAUUCAAAUACCCUAGUCAAGCAUCAAAAAUUAUUUGGGGCGUCAAUUACAAUAAUAUUUUACAAACGUCAUCACAAAUUAUAGAACUUAUUAAAUCUAACAAAAUACCUAUCCAAAUGACACUUAACUUGAUUGAUAUUUUUUCACAAAUUCGUGAUAAAGAAAUUAAAUUAUUUUCAGAACUUUACCAAAAGAUAUCAAACGCAUUUUCAUACAUCAAUGAACCAGAAAAUGAGAAAUUGGCGACACUUCUACACUAUCAAGGUUUCAAAUUCGAAAACUUCAAACCGAAAAUGACAGAAGCAGAAAUUCUCAAUUUAUAUCCACAAAAAUCUCCUUUAUACUAUAUUGCAUGGGAUAAAGUUGAUGAUCUUAAAUGUAAAUUCCCAAAUCUUGAUAUUAAUCAGGAGACUAAUGAUAUCGCACCACUUGACUGUGCAAUUAGAUAUGGAUCAGAAUUGUGUUUCAUUUACUUGAAAAAUUUAGGAGCUCAAUACACUAGAUACUCCGAAAGAUAUGCUAUUCAAGGUGGAAAUAUUAACAUUUUUAUGCAAAUGAUAGAAGAUGGUAAAUCAUUUGAUAACAUGAUGAAUACAGCAUUGGAUUAUCGAAAAUAUGAAAUUGCCAGGUACCUUAAAUCCAAUUUAGGUCAAACAUUUGAUUCAAUUGCAGAAAAUAUGUAUUUCGGAAAUUAUGAUAUUGCCUCUUAUUUACUUUCUAAUGGAGAAGAUAUCAACAAAAUAUAUAACAUUCUCUUUCUUUUCAUUAUUAUCAUCGUUUUAUGA